GGAAGUGGAGAAAGGAACGCCCUUUCUUCCGACAAGGGCCCAGAUCAAGAGGGUUCAGGAUGUAGACCAGGGAAUUAUCAGACCCGGUGGCCGCUUCUGUCACCGGAAGAAUUUCCAACGAAAAAUAGAAGAUGAAUUUGGGUGUUUUCCACUCGCGAUUGCAUUUCGAAGUUGGGUUUUGAGAUAAUACAAUCACUGCCGUUCUGGUUUAUAAAGUUGUCCAAGAUCCGGCCCAGACCCAUAUGCCUUGGGUCCUCAAGGCCGCUGUGGUCUGCGCCCUUCUCCUGCAGCUGGACGCCCGCUUGUCCUGGACUCGGACCUCUUUGAGUUCCCACUCCCUGCGGUAUUUCACCACUGUCAUGUCGUGGCCCGGCCUCCCGGAGCCCCGGAUCAUAGUCGUCCGUAACGUGGAUGAUGCAGAGUUCCUGCGAUUGGACACAGACUACCCGGGGACUCCGAGCUUGGAUCUCCGCGCGCUGGAGCAGGAGGGGCCAGAGUUCUGGGAACAACAGAUUCACAUAGUCAGGACUCAAGCACGGCUGUCUGAAAGGAACCUGAUGACCCUGAUUCGUCUUUACAACGAGAGCAUGGACGACUCUCACACACUGCAGUGCCUGCGGGGUUGCGAUGUGGAGCCAGAUGGGCACCUGCUUCGCUGGUAUGACCAGUUCGCCUAUGAUGGUGUGGAUCUCUGCACCCUGAACCAAAACCUGAGUUCCCUGACGACGGGGAGCAGCACUGUAGCUCAGAUGUUUCAGCGAAAGUUAGAAGCCUACCUGAAGGAUGACUGCUCUGAGCUGCUGCAGAAAUAUCUGGAAAAAAGGAAGGAGAGGAUGCUGCAUUCAGGUGCCCAGGGGGGGAUAAACCGUGUCUGCUUACUUAAGGCUGCUUUCUGGGAGUUUGGAGAGCUGGGUGCUGGGUGGAAAGAGAGGACUUGGAGUAUAGCUAACAGGUUGAACUCUACCCAGCAAGCUCAAGUUCUGGUUUCCUCAGGUGGGAGAGAAAGGCGUGACACCCAGGAAGCAGGCAGAGACAGUCCCGAAGACUCUGGCAAUAUUGUUGAGGAUGAUGAGGAGAUGGAGGCUCGCUCUUUGAAUACUGAGUACUCUAGGAAUCGUCCCGGCUCCUUCUUUGUACCUUUAGGAUUGCUGUCAUUCUAAAAGAGUUUCACUUAGUCUCCUCACUCUGGAACACGCUCAAGAGAACACACACGAAGCUGCACCCCCUCUCUCACCGCUCCUGUGGGAUCACCUGCAGCAGCGACUGAAGAAUGGAAUCUUUGCUUUUGUAUCCCAUUAGUGAUCUUCGUUGUCACCUUGACUGGAUUUAGAAUCGCCCGGGAGAUGCCCCCUUGGGUGGCUGUGAGGGUGUUUCUAGACAGGUUUAGCCAACAAGGAAUACAGGUGGCCCCACUGAUUGACUAGAAUCUCAAGAGAAAACCAGCAGAAGGUUAGAGUCCCCCUCCCCCUGCUUCAUGACCAGGUCCCGAGCAGGCCAGUUCUUGCUGUCCUGGACAGAAACAGGUCCCACCUUUCUGUCUUGAAGAUCUGACCACCUGUCUCUUCCCUACCUGGCUUCUAGUCAGGCAUUUUGUCACUUUGUCAAGGGGCCCAGGGAAAGGAAGCUCCCUCCUGUCACCCACAGCACUCUGGGUACUACCCCAAUGUGUUGGGGACAUUUAAUCAGGUCAAAUUGGGAUCAAUGGUUUUGAUACAGAAAAGAACUGUAGACUAGUAGAGAUGGGGUUUAAUAAUAAAAAAAAAGUCUAUUUUUUUUUAAUUUUAAGGCA